AUGAGGAAGAAAACCAUAUCUCAAAAGCCUCCUCAUGAGAAGAUAUACAAGCUUCAUGCAAAACAAAAACCCUCAACUCGCUCUCAGGACCGAACCUUCACUCCAUCUCCUUCUCCCCCUACCUCACCUCCUCGGUCGGAUCCCAUGGCACGCACUAAGAACCCAUCAAGGUUUCUUCCUUCAGCCAAGCAGACGCCACCACCGAAGGAACCUCCAUCCAAACCUGGUUCGUCGAAGCCGAGUUCAUCGAAAGGGAAAUGCCCAACCGCGACUGAACCCUCCUCUAAGCCCACUCAACCUAAGACAAGGUCUGUUCCCUUGCGUUCUCAGAGAGAUUAUGAGUUCAUUCCUGAGGAAUCCCCUCCUCCUUCCACUGAGGGCACUUCCAUCUCCACUGGACAAAAAUCUGCUCUGUUUAAUGUUGUUCGAGAUGUAGUCCAAGAGUUUGUCUCCCAAUCCAAUCACAUGAUUUCCAUGAGUAAGGAACAAAGGAAGCUAGCAAGCAAGCCUGAGAAUUUCCUCCGAAAAUCAAGGGAUAGAGUGGCUGUAUUCAUGAAGUUCAUUGAUAAUAUUCAACAAGAUGAAGAUCAUGCCACUGAUGCUGAAGAGGAAGCUAAUUCGGAGGAAACUGGUUCAGAUGCCUAG